AUGGCGCAGACAAAGGCCAAAUUAGCUUCGACCGAACAACCCGCUGGACUUGACCAACCCAGACCCUCUUUGUCUCUACCUGCAUGGCGCAAAAACUUAAUUCUCUUCUCCGUCAGUUGGAUGACCCUCGUAAUAACAUAUUCAAGCACCGCGUUGCUUCCAGCACUUCCCGAGAUCAGCAAUGAACUAUCAACCACGCAGGAGUCUAUCGCCAUUACUAAUGCAGGCGUUUUCCUUGCCAUGGGCUUUUCAUCCUUUAUCUGGAUCCCCGUCGGUCACUUAAUCGGGCGGCAACGAGCGUACAAUCUUGCCAUCUUCAUUCUGUGUGGUUGUUCAUGCGGAGCAGCUGUUGCAACGAAAAUGGCAAUUUUCACAACUAUGCGUGUGUUAGCUGGCUUGACCGGGACUUAUUUUAUGGUGGCUGGGCAGACAAUGUUAGCUGAUAUCUUUGAGCCCGUUGUGCGAGGUAGAGCAGUCGGGUUUUUCAUGGUCGGAUCAGUCAGUGGUCCAGCAUUCGCACCAUGUAUCGGUGGAAUUCUCGUCACUUUCACUCAUUGGCGCUACAUAUUCUGGGUGCAAGUUGGGAUGGGUGCCAUUGGACUCGUGACAUCAUUGCUCUUCAUUCCCAAUUUGGACAAGAUGAAUAGCUCUUCUGCAUCUGGACCGGAAAACAGGUUGAAACAAAAGGAAUCAAUCAAUUGUCAAUUCAAUCCUUUUCGAGUAUUCGUGCUCUUGGUUUAUCCAAAUGUCUUUCUUGCUGACUUGACUUGCGGUCUGUUAGCUUGGUUUCAGUACGGCCUGUUGACCUCAGCUCGCAGCAUUUUCAACCCUCGCUUUCACUUGACCACAGCUCUCGUUAGUGGAUUGUUUUAUAUUGCACCAGGCACCGGCUUUUUGGUCGGAAGCGUUGCCGGAGGGAGACUCUCUGACCGUACUGUCAAAAGGUACAUCAAACGUCGCGAUGGGCUGCGACUUCCGCAGGACCGACUAAACAGUGGGCUGUUCAUGAUCUUAGGCGUCUUACCUUUGUCGACGCUCAUAUAUGCAUGGACAUUGCAGAAAGAAAUCGGUGGUAUGGCAGUUCCAAUCAUCAGUGCAUUUUUUGCAGGGCUUGGCUUGAUGGGGAUAUUCAAUAGUUUGAACACAUACACAGCAGAGGUGCUCCCAGCAGAAAAGACCGAAGUCAUUAGCAGCAAAUACCUAGUGCAGUAUCUCUUUGGUGCAGGUACGACUGGUACUAUUGUACCUCUCAUAAACGCAAUUGGGGUCGGUUGGACGUUCACUAUAUCAAUGAUUAUGUGCAUGUUUGGUGGUAUUCUUACUCUUCUCAUAAGUCGGAAAGGUAUAGACAUGCAAGAAUGGGCGGUUCGUAAAUUAGGAAAGGAUUGA